UUCCGCCGGCCUUAGAAGAGUACACGGCAGGCAUCAUGAAGCUGAACAAAUUUGUAACCUGUUCCCGCCGUAAGAACCGCAAAAGGCAUUUCAAUGCCCCCUCACACAUCAGGAGGAGGAUCAUGUCCUCCCCCUUGUCCAAGGAGCUCCGUCAAAAGUACAACGUGAGGUCCAUGCCCAUCCGCAAAGAUGACGAAGUCCAGGUUGUCCGUGGACACUACAAAGGCCAGCAGAUUGGCAAAGUGGUGCAGGUCUACAGGAAGAAGUAUGUCAUCUACAUCGAGCGUGUCCAAAGAGAAAAGGCCAAUGGUACUACAGUCCAUGUCGGCAUCCAUCCCAGCAAGGUGGUCAUCACCAGGCUAAAGCUGGAUAAGGACCGCAAGAAGAUUCUAGAGCACAAGGCCAAAUCUCGCGCUGAUGGGAAGGAGAAGGGCAAAUACAAGGAGGAGACCAUUGAGAAGAUGCAGGAGUAAACAUCUUUUGCUA